ACCAUGACAACGAGAAGUGUGGUGUUAUUAUUAGUUAGCUUAUUGUGGCUAAUGCUAACGUAAAGGAGGCUCGGCUGCUGUAUUUAGAAAAAUUCAGUUGUUUAUUAAAUAGAUCAUGCGUUAAUAUUUAAUCCACCAACACAGCUAAUCUAAACACAUCGGGGGUUAUCCAGAACCACUGUAAAUAAACAGAUAAAGCUAACAGUAGCGUUAAGCAGUUACGCUGGGUUAGUUAGCUUUAGCUAGCCAGUUCACAGUAGUUAAAUCAGCUUGUUACUGAGGGAUCUGCAGUCACUGUAAUGUCUAAUAUCUAAUUUUCUAAAAAAUGUUAAAAGUAAAAAUACUUUUAAUCGGACCCAGCGAGUGUGGAAAGACUGUGCUGGCAAAUUUUCUCUCUGACACUGUGGAGACGAUUGAGGCAGAUUACAGUCCCACACAAGGAGUGAGGAUACUGGAGUUUGAGUCACAGCAUUUGGGAAGUGGUUCGAAAGACUCUGCCUGUGAGGUGGAACUGUGGGACUGUGCCGGAGAUUUCAAGUAUGAAGCAUGCUGGCCUGCUUUGAUGAAAGACUCCAAUGGGGUGGUGAUAGUAUUUAACCCUGAUAUUCCAAGUCACCUCAAGGAAGUAGAAACCUGGUACUCUACAUUUAUCUCUUCACAAGGCCUGGCAGUGGGGCAGUGCCUGCUCAUAGCACAUCAUAAGCCUGGCAGUGGAGCAGAUACAUCUCGCCCUCAGUUAGCUUCUCAGUUGAAUAAGUUGUCCCUCAUUCACUCCAACCUGGAGGAGGAUGCUGAAGAUGUGCGUCAGGAGUUCCGCAGAUAUCUGGGAAACGUUGUGCAGACAUUGUCCGAAAGUAGGGAGCGUGAAGAAAUGUCAAUUAUAGCAUGAUUUCGUAAAAGUCUCUGUGCAUUUUUUGUAUAUACAGAUCAUUCAUAUCAAGGAUUCUUCUGUUACCAGGUUUGUGAUUUAAGUUUAACAC